AUGUCGCGUACAUCAAACAAUUAUUUGAGAUUUAAUUUAUGUCUAUUAUGUUUUUUUCUUCUUGGUUUUAUCGUUGGUUUACAUUAUUGGCAAAUAUUAAUUGGAAUUCCAUGUACAUCAUCAUUCAUUGAAGCACCAAUUCGGAGAAAAUCAUCGUUCUAUGAACAUUUUCAAUAUCGAACAAAAAAAACAUGUAAAAAUGAAAGUUCUAAUUUAUUUUUAACAAUAGCUAUUCUUUCGUCUUAUGAACGUCUUUUAUUUUAUUUACCAUCAAUACUCAAUACAUGGAUAUUAACAACAACAAAUGAAAUUGAAAUAAUUAUAUUUAUUGAAGAACAUUCUUCCGAAACAGAAGAAUCAUUAGAAAAUCUAUUUCUUCAAUUAAAUCAACAAACAAAAUCUUGUUUAUUUAUUGUUAAAUUAAAACAUGUGGAAAAUACUUAUCCACCACAAAAAAAGAGUUUUUAUGCUAUGAAAUUUAUCUAUACAUUUUAUCAACAAAGAACAUUUUGGUUAUUACGUUUAGAUGAUAAUGCUUAUGUUAACAUUGAAAAACUUAUUCCAUGGCUUAAAUCAAUUGAUCAUAGACAAGCUUUAUAUAUUGGACAAAGUGGAUCUGGUAGACGAAAUGGUCCAUCAAUUCAUUUUCCAUCUGAACAAUAUUUUUGUAUGGGUGGUAGUGGAGUUAUAUUAUCUCAACAGACUUUAAUUGAACUUGGUCCUUGGCUUGAUCAAUGUUUAAAUAAAGAAAUUCGUACUAUACAUGAAGAUGUUGAAUUAGGUCGUUGUAUAUUAACGCAUGUUCAUAUUAGUUGUUUGAAAGCUUAUGAUUCAAAAUAUUUUUUCUAUCAUCAUUAUGGCUCUCGAUAUUUGUUUGGUUAUGAUUUUACUCCAUUGAUUCUUUCGCGAGCAUUUAUUAUUCAUCCAAUUAAAGAUCAAAAAACAUUUUAUCAAAUAUUUACUUUUUAUAUACGAAAAAAACAAGAAAAUCAACGUUUACAAAAUAAUUCAUCAUUAAAAAUCUCAAUGAAUAAAGAAUACUUUGUUACAUUUUUAGCAAAAACAGAAUUUAAUCUUGCUCGUGAUAUACAUUAUCAAUUGAUUGAUGCUCGAUGGAAAUUAUAUAUUGAAAAUAUUGUUCAAUCUUAUGUUGAAAAUACAAGAUUAAUUUGGUAUAGACAAUCUUGCAAUUGUACAGGGAUGAAUGGUAAAUUUAUAUUUGGUUAUUAUCGUUUAAUACCAUCAUAUGGUUUAGAAUUAAUAGUUGAAAUUCUAUUAAAUACACGCUUAAUUUCUAUGUCUUCGACUCGAUCUAAUACUGUACGAAAACGUAUUCAUAUUCGUCAGCCAUUUAUUAAUAAACAUCAUUUUGAAUAUCGAGAAAUUAUUGAUAUUAAAACAAAUGAAAGUAUUUAUCAAUUAAAUCUUGUUGUUGUAUCUAGUAAUAAAGAUACAACAUUAAUAAGAUUAAUAGAGAAUUUUGAACGUGAAGUAUUGAAAUAUCCGAAUCGAUAUCAAUAUUUUACAUUAACAAUUCUUUAUUUUUAUCAAAAAAAUCAAACAAUUAAUCAAAUAUAUGAACAUAUACAUCAAUUAUCAAUUAAAUAUACUUCAGUUAUUCGUCUAUCUAUUAUUAAUCAAAAUCAAAUAAAUUAUAAUCGUGGACUUGGUCGUCAAUUAGCAUCAAAAUUAUUUACUGAUAAACAACUGUUAUUUUUUCUUGAUGUUGAUCUCAUAUUUACUGGACAAGCAUUAGAUAAUAUUCGUCAAUUGAUGAUACAUCAAUUAUCUAUAUCAUCUUGUACAGUCUACUUUCCGAUUAUAUUUUCAUAUUUUUCCAGUAUGUUUAAUGUUAAUAAUAGGACAGUAAUUGAUAUCAAUUCAAAUAUUGGGAGUUUUUCUAUUUACGGUUAUGGGAAUGUUGUUGUACGUAAACAAGAUUUAGAUAGAAUUGGUGGAUGGGAAAUUAAUAAUCAUGAAUGGGGGAAUGAAGACGUUCAUUUAUUUCAACGAUUUAGUGAAUCAUCAUCAGAAUGUAAUGUUUUUCGAACAGUAGAACCUGGUUUAAAACAUUAUUAUCAUAAAAAAAUGUGUAAUGGAAUUGUAAAUAGAGAACGACAGAAAAUAUGUUAUGAUGCGGAUGGUGUUUUACUUGGAUCACAAAGAAAUAUGGUGAAUUAUCUAGUUAAUAAGAAGAAAUGA